AUGAGGGUCCGCACGGCCAUUCUCCUCCUGCUAAUCCUCGUCGUCCUCUUCCUCGCCGCGUCGACGUCGGCGGCCAGGAAGGCCGGCGACAUGCGGGGGCGGCAGCGACAGAUCCUGCUGCAGGAGAAGGCGACUCUGCUGGCCCUGAAGCAGGGGCUCACGCUGCCGUCGUCGGCAGCGGCGGCCUUGGCGGACUGGAACGAGUCCAACGGCAACGUCUGCGGCUUCACCGGCGUCAGGUGCGACUGGCGGCGGGAGCACGUUGUUGGGCUCUCUCUCGCCAAGAUGGGCAUCCGUGGCGCUAUUCCACCGGUCAUUGGCGAGCUCUCGCACCUCCGGAUCCUCGACUUGUCCAAAAACAACAUCUCUGGCCAGGUACCGACGUCCGUCGGCAACCUCACGCGACUGGAGAGCCUCUUCAUGAACAACAACGGCAUCUCCGGCAGCAUCCCUUCAAUCUUCAGCGACCUCUUACCACUACGGACGAGGCUCCGGCAACUCGACUUCUCCAACAAUCACAUCUCCGGUGCCCUUCCGCUGGACCUUGGCAGAUUUGGGCAACUCCAAAGCCUUGACGUCUCCGGCAACAACAUCUCUGGCACCGUCCCUCCGUCCAUCGGCAACCUGACUCUCCUAGAGCACUUCUACAUGCAUGACAACAUCAUCUCUGGAGAAAUACCUCUGGCCAUCUGCAACCUAACAAGCCUCAAGGAUCUGGAAAUGUCCGUCAACCAUCUGACGGGGCAGAUUCCAGCCGAGCUCUCCAACCUCGUACGGCUCCGGACACUCGGCGUCUCCUCCAACCGUAUCACCGGUGCCAUUCCGCCGGCCCUCGGCAGCCUUGGGCAGCUCCAAAUCCUCAACGUCUCCGGCAACCAGAUCUAUGGCACCAUCCCUCCGUCCAUCGGCAACCUGACUCAACUUGUGUUCCUCUGCAUGCAAAAAAACUCCAUCUCUGGAGAGAUCCCUCUGGCCAUCUGCAACCUAACAAGCCUUUGGGAUCUCGAAAUGUCCGUCAACAACCUCACGGGGCAGAUUCCAGCUGAGCUCUCCAACCUCCGGAACAUUGGAGCCAUUGACCUCGGCAGUAACCAACUCCAUGGAGGAAUACCACCUUCCCUUUCCGAGCUGAGGGACAUGUUCUAUCUCGGACUCCAGCAAAACAACCUGUCCGGGAACAUCCCGCCAGCUAUCUUCCUCAACUGCACAGGGUUGGGCCUCGUCGACGUCGGCAAUAAUAGUCUUUCUGGCGAGAUCCCCCGCGCCAUCUCGAGCACCACCAAGUGCCAGUUCGUCGUCAUCAACCUCUACUCCAACAAGCUCCAAGGGACGCUUCCACGGUGGAUCGCCAACUGCACCGAUAUGAUGACGCUAGAUGUGGAGGACAACUUGCUGAACGACGAGCUGCCUACGAGUAUCAUCUCGGGCAUGAAGAAGUUAAUGUACCUGCAUUUGUCUAUCAACAGUUUCCGGAGCCACGACGGCAACUGCAACUUGGAUCCAUUCUUCGUCGCGCUGUCGAACUGCACGAGCUUACAGGAGGUGGAGGCCUCCGCCGUGGGGAUGGGUGGGCAGCUUCCAAGUCGGCUGGGCUCGCUGCUCCCGAUCAGCAUUUGCCACCUCAACCUGGAGUCGAACACCAUCGAGGGCCCAAUCCCGGAGUCUGUCGGGGACGUCAUCAACAUUACGUGGAUGAACCUGUCGAGCAACUUGCUGAACGGGACGAUCCCGAAGUCCCUCUGCCGGCUGAAGAGCCUGGAGCGGCUCGCGCUGUCCAACAACUCCCUGACAGGUGAAAUUCCAGCGCACAUUGACAACGCCACGAGCCUCGGCGAGCUGGAUCUGUCAGGCAACGUGCUGUCAGGGGCCAUCCCCAGCAGCAUCGGGAGCCUUGCCGAGCUCCGAUCUCUCUUCCUGCAGGGAAACAAGCUGUCUGGGACCAUACCUCCGAGCCUCGGCCGGUGUGCCACUCUGUUGGUCAUCGACCUCUCCAGCAACAGCUUGACCGGGGUGAUACCAGACGAGAUCCCCGGCAUCGCCAAGAUGACACUAUUGACACUGAACCUGUCGCGCAAUCAGCUUGGGGGCAAGCUGCCGACUGGCCUCAGCAACAUGCAGCAAGUCCAAAAGAUCGACCUGUCCUGGAACAACUUCAACGGUGAGAUCUUCAGCCUCGGGGACUGCAUUGCGUUGACGGUGCUCGACCUGUCACACAACUCGCUUGCCGGCGACCUCCCUUCGAAACUCGGCAAGCUGAAGUACCUCGAGAGCCUCGACGUCUCGAACAACAACCUGAGCGGUGAGAUCCCCAAUAGCCUGACCAAUUGCUCCAUGCUGAAAUACCUCAACCUGUCAUACAACGACUUCUGGGGCGUCGUCCCCACCACCGGCCCUUUCGUGAAUUUCAGCUGUCUCUCCUACCUCGGCAACCGUCGCCUCUCUGGUCCGGUGCUCAGGCGCUGCGGAGGGCGCCACCGCUCGUGGUACCAGUCCCGGAAGUUCGUAGUCAUCAUGUGUGUGUGCUCAGCGGUUCUGGCGUUCGCGCUGACGAUCCUCUGCGCCGUCAGCGUCCGUAAGAUCCGUGAGCGGGUCGCGGCAAUGCGGGAGGACAUGUUCAGGGGUCGCCGCGGCGGUGGCUCGUCGCCGGUGAUGAAGUACAAGUUCCCCCGGAUCACGUACAGAGAGCUGGUCGAGGCCACCGAGGAGUUCAGCGAGGAUCGGCUCGUCGGGACGGGCAGCUACGGCCGGGUGUACCGCGGCACGCUGCGCGACGGCACCAUGGUCGCCGUUAAGGUGCUGCAGCUCCAGACGGGGAACUCGACUAAGAGCUUCAACCGCGAGUGCCAGGUCCUGAAGCGCAUCCGGCACCGGAACCUCAUGCGCAUAGUCACGGCGUGCAGCCUGCCGGACUUCAAGGCGCUGGUGCUGCCGUUCAUGGCGAACGGCAGCCUCGAGCGGUGCCUCUACGCGGGGCCGCCGGCGGAGCUCAGCCUUGUGCAGCGGGUCAACAUCUGCAGCGACAUCGCCGAGGGGAUGAAGUACCUGCACCACCACUCGCCGGUCAAGGUCAUCCACUGCGACCUCAAGCCGAGCAACGUCCUCAUCAACGACGACAUGACCGCGCUCGUCUCCGAUUUCGGCAUCUCCCGGCUCGUCAUGAGCAUCGGCGGGUGGCAAACACCGCCGCCGACGUCGGCGCCUCCACCGCGAACAUGCUGUGCGGCUCCAUCGGAGUACGGCUACGGCUCGAACCCGACGACAAAGGGCGACGUGUACAGCUUCGGCGUGCUGGUGCUGGAAAUGGUGACGAGGAGGAAGCCGACCGACGACAUGUUCGACGCUGGACUGAGCCUGCACAAGUGGGUUAAGACACACUACCACGGCCGCGCCGACGCAGUGGUCGACCAGGCACUGGUGCGCAUGGUCCGGGACCAGACGCCUGAGGUGAGGAGGAUGUCGGACGUGGCCAUCGGCGAGCUGCUGGAGCUCGGCAUCCUCUGCAGCCAAGAGCAGGCGUCCGCGCGGCCGACCAUGAUGGACGCAGCCGACGACCUGGACCGGCUCAAGCGGUACCUCGGCGGCGACACCACGGCCACCUUCGCGUCAUCGCUGGGAUUCUCCUCCACCACGCUUGAAGACAUCGAUUGA